GGCGUGCGCGCUGGUCACAUGGUGCUGGUGGAGGCUCAGGGAAGAGAAGUUGAGUCCGGGCGAGCUCGGGCAGCGCCGCCAGAGCCGAGCGAGCGGCGGGCGAGCGCCGCGCCUCCUCCGCAGGGAGCCCGCCGGCCGGGGCUCUGCCUGGACCAUGCCGAUCCUCCUCUUCCUCAUAGACACGUCCGCCUCCAUGAACCAGCGGGCGUACCUGGGCACCAGCUACCUGGACAUCGCCAAGGGCGCCGUGGAGAUCUUCAUGAAGCUGCGGGCCCGGGACCCUGCCAGCCGCGGCGACAGGUACAUGCUGGUUACGUUCGACGAGCCGCCCUACUGCAUUAAGGCUGGAUGGAAGGAAAACCACGCAACAUUCAUGAAUGAACUGAAAAACCUUCAGGCUUCAGGACUAACUACCCUUGGUCAGGCACUCAGGUCAUCGUUUGACUUGUUAAAUCUCAAUAGAUUAGUGUCUGGAAUAGACAACUAUGGACAGGGAAGGAAUCCGUUCUUUUUGGAGCCAUCUAUUUUGAUUACCAUCACAGAUGGAAACAAACUGACAAAUACAGCUGGAGUCCAAGAGGAGCUUCAUCUUCCAUUGAAUUCUCCUUUGCCUGGAAGUGAACUAACCAAAGAACCAUUCCGCUGGGAUCAAAGGCUGUUUGCUCUGGUGCUGCGCCUGCCAGGAGCUGCAUCUGCUGAGCCAGAGCAGCUUGGGAGUGUGCCUACUGAUGAAUCUGCUAUCACACAGAUGUGUGAGGUCACAGGAGGUCGUUCAUACUGCGUUCGGACACAAAGAAUGUUGAAUCAGUGUUUAGAGUCUUUAGUUCAAAAAGUCCAAAGUGGAGUUGUUAUUAACUUUGAGAAGUCAGGACCAGACCCAGCUCCUAUUGGAGAAGAUGGACUUGUUGAUUCAUCCAGGCCCAUCAAUUCAUUUGCUUCUCAGCCGUGGCAUAGUUGUCAUAAACUCAUUUAUGUACGGCCUAACCCUAAAACGGGUGUUCCUGUGGGGCAUUGGCCAAUCCCAGAAUCUUUUUGGCCUGAUCAGAAUUCACCAACACUGCCUCCACGCACAGCUCACCCCGUGGUGAGAUUCUCCUGUGUGGAUUGUGAGCCCAUGGUCAUAGACAAGCUUCCUUUUGACAAGUAUGAGCUGGAGCCUUCACCCCUCACCCAGUACAUCUUGGAACGAAAGUCUCCCCAUACCUGCUGGCAGGUAUUUGUGAGUAGCAGUGGAAAAUACAGCGAGCUCGGCCACCCGUUUGGGUAUUUAAAAGCAAGCACUACUUUAACCUGUGUAAACCUCUUUGUGAUGCCUUACAACUACCCUGUUUUACUUCCAUUGCUAGCAGAGGAGGAGAGCUACCUGCUUCCAGUGCAUGUUUGAUGCUGUUCACCUCCUAGACACGUAGCCUCUUCCUUAACCUGGAGUAAGCUUCAACCUCCAUUCUUUUCCCUCAUUUAGGGUGUGGUGUAUCCAGGUUUUGCAGUUGCUCUUGUAGCAGCUUAUUUUUUACUGGAAGAUGAGAUGCAGUGUUUGUCACGGGUGUUGGGAAGAGGGAAUUCCCUUAUGCAGUUCAGAGCAGUAAGAAGGAAUUGAGCAGUGAAACAGUCUGCAUUUCUUUCCUGCCCAAAGGACCAGGUUUUGGUUUUGUUUUUUUUACUCCCACAAUGAAAUUAUUUUCUAAGGAAAGAUAAUAUGAAAGGUGCUGUGUGAGUAACUGGCAUAAAGGUAAUGGCAGAGAGGAGUUUCCAGAGUGUCACUAACCCUUUCAGUUGCAGAUGCUGUUAUGGCUUUUUUGUUCUAGUUUUUGUGCAUGUUUUUAGUGAUACAGAAGAACAGUGACCAAGAAUUGAGUCUUACUGUCUUACACAGGGUUUUUCUAUUCAUUUCUAGGAAAAUAAAAAGUUCAGAACACAAUUUAGGAGUGCUUUUUUGUAAUCCUGGUCAUAACUAAAAAGGAAGAAACUUGUGCUUGCUCAUAAUGUGUCUUUUAUAGUUAUCUAUGCAGCCUGGUAAUUGUCCCAAAGUGUGCAAGGAGGAUGAGAGUUUCAGUGACUUUGUGGUUCCUGAAAUACUGCAGCAGAUCCACUAGCUGAAAAGCCAUCACUGAUCCGAAGUUAACUUCCUUGGUCAUUUUGAUGUUGACAUUUGCAGUUCUGCUGAGUCUUCCCUGGCAGCUCUUGUCUUCCCCCUGCCUCUUUUUUUACAGGGGUGUAAAGCUCUUCCUUCUCUUUGAGGAAUGGCACUUUUCAGUGUGUGUAGUGCUAUUCUGCAGUUUACUCACCUGGUAAUCCAUUUCUUAUAUUUCUGAAGGCUCUUCAAAGGAAAAUGCGGAGUUUCCACAUUGCCUGAGUUGUAAAGUGGAUGUUUCCUUGAGGUCAUGAAUCCCAUGCAUUCCAUAUUGUUCAUACAAGCACACAGAGUUACCUUCAGAUCUCCUUCCAGGGCUUUGUUUAUCCUUGGUCUCUAAGGCAUGGUAGGAUUAAGUUCUAUGGAAUAUACCUUCAACACAAAAGUAGAUCUGGAUCCUUUUCUACUUGGCACAGAAAAUGAGUGAGAUGAUAAGCAGCGUGCCUGGAAAAUUAUUUGUAGAUGAUUUUAGCAGUACUGACUCUGUAUUUGGCUCUGUAGGUAGGAACACUCCUCCUGUUCUACCUUCAUACACACCAGUAGUGGAUACUGAUGGUUCAGCAGAGGACUGAUAGGAAUGUGUAAAACCAAUUUUUCAUUACUCUCACCCAGAUUUAAAAGGAUGUGAGAAUUCCCAAGACCAGGAGAAGUCUGCUCCUUUCAGCCGCUACCUCCAUAUUGAUCAGUGUGGUUCUAGUGGCUCCUGCCCUACUGGUAGAAUAUUAUGUUGGAGGACUGGUUGGGACAGUACCAUGGAUAAUCUACCUCUGUUCCUUCUGGUGACUCUUCCAAAGACAAAAUCACUUUACAACUGUAUAUUUGUACUGUAUUAUCAAAUGUGUUCAACCUUAGAAACAGACAGUAAGAUGUUUAAAGAUUUUUUUGCUUGCAUUUUUGUUUUCCUCCUGCAUUACUGAGCAGGUGAAGUUUUAAGUCUCUUUUUGCAAAAUAACGUAAGACAGCCCUACAAACAGGUAAGAUAGGUAGGCAUGAGGCAGGUUGCAGGUGAUACUUGAGAAAACUGAAAGAAGUUGUACUGGUCAGUGGCCGAAGGAGGUGAAUUGUACCACAUCCUAUAGCUUUGGUGAUUUUAUGUCUUGGUUUCUGCAAGAGUGGAUUUGGGAAUGCUGUAGCUCCUGCUGGUGUUUAACUCCAGGGCCUGCAUUCAGAAGCUUUGUAAGGGAAAGGAGCCAGUUAAUAGGAGUUGAUAAAACAGUGAAGGCACACAGUCUGUGUGUUAAUGGACUCAGGCACUGUGCUUGGUUGGCUGACAGAAACCCUGGUCCCUGGUCCAUUUCCAGCCAUGAUGGACAUGUGGGAUGAGCAGCACCAGUUUGCUUUCAGACAGCUAGAGAGGAGUCCUGAGUAGCUUGGUGGUGGUUUGCUCCCAGAACUGAGGUGGGCUGCAGUUCUUUCUGUUCAGUGGGAGGCUGCUGAAGGCAGAGCUUUUCACAGGCAGAUGCUGACGUGCUUCAAUGCUGAAUGCUUGGCCCACAGAUGAUAGAAAUUUCCUCUUGAAGGAUUGUGCAAAGCUGUUGUACUUCAGGUGCUGUUCUGUUUAGAAACAUUGUACAGCCAAGUUCAUGAAGCAGAAGUUGAAGGAGGGAUUUUAGGGAAAGCUAAGUAAAGAUGAGGUAUAUUUCUAAAUGCCUUCUGCCUUGCCUAAGAUGUUUCCUUGGUUCCUUUUAGCUGCAUGGGUGGGAGGACAAGCACUGCUGGGCAGUAGGAGUGACUGUGCAUUGUCAGCAGAAGCAACAGUGAAACAGCCAUGCAGGAAAUGCCUUGAGAAAGUGGUUAAAUACCCUUUUUCUGUGGGUCUAAAUAUGCAACAGGAUGAGCAUUUAGAAAAUGUCUGCCUGUGAAGGACUGCAGCAUGGACAGCUUCCUUUGAUGCUUUUACAGGCUCUGUGAGAGAACCUGCAAGUAAUGAUUUUAUAUUUCGGAAACUAAGGGCUGUGUUCUCACCAGCGUGAACACAGCGUGCUGUGGCUCUGGGAGGAACAGCGAAAUACUUCUGAUACAUUUUGUAUCAAUGGGGAAACAGUCACACAACACCUUUCUUAGGUAAUGAUGGAUGCUGUUUUCCAUUGCAGUGCCUUAUUUUUGCUUAGAUGGUUUGCAGGGAAGGAUACUGUUUUCUGUGAAUGUAAAAUCAUGAAUCUACUACCUAGAAUAGAGGAUUAGUGCCUAAUUAGGAGAAGUACAGGAGUCAACAGGGAAUGGUGGUGUACUUGCUGAGGUAGAAUUUAAUGUGAGUGGUGAUUUAAAAAAUAAAAAAAAAAGUUCUAAGUUUUACUUUGGGUUACAUGGUGCAUGACUGUUGUAAUUUAGACUCCAGCUGAACUACUUAAAUUACCUGCUGACUCUCCUCUUUCUCAUGAUCUCUUUUUUUUUAACUGUUCACUGAUCUUUAAAGGUGCAUCCAGCCCCCUUCUGUAGUACUGAGUGUUAAAAGUGUGUUUUGUGUCCUGUCACAAUUUGGUUGUUUUGUACAUUAAUCUGAAGUAGAUAAAGACUUUGCAAUAGAAUUUUCAGUUAACUGGUCUGUGUGAUUUUACCUGAUCCCUUGAGUUGGUGCUUGCAGCCUAUUCCUAAUGGUUUCUAAUACCAUGUUCCCAAUUAUACGGUGCUUUUAACUCCCUUUGAGUUCAGAAAUGAAGAGAAUUCUGCAUUAAGUAGACUUUGCAGAUAUUAGUAUCUGAAAAUAAUUAGGUAGAAGGAAAACUAAAUUGUGUAAGGGUUUUUUUCAAUACUUCUUGAUUUUUAUCUGCAAAAAUUUGGGGUUUAAUCUCUGAAAGACAUAGUUAACUGGAUUAUUUUUAGUUUGGUUAUUUGUAUAAAUCAUCAUGUGCAGCCCAGGGCACAGGGGAAAAAGUGCCUUUCAAGUGCCUGUGUUGCAAUCUGCUGACAGUGUGUGUCUCAAACUCUCAAGGUAGAGGCAGGUAAGAUGCUGAUGGUGAAGUUCUCUCUGAAACUUGUGGCUGUGUUCACCUCCCUUUUGAGAAGGUGGCAGUUCCUGCAGUGAGUUUGUGCUGUGGGGAGGCUGAUUUUUAAAAACUGAAGCUCUGCAUAGGUUGGAGAAUUUUUUCCUGGGAUAGCAGAGAUCAGGGAGGUGUUUUGCAUUUGAUAUCUGGGAGUAAAAGUGUGCUGUGGAUUGGGAGCCCAGGUGGCUGAGCUGAGGAGUGCCUGUGCCGUGUCACUGUGCCCAUAGUGGUACAACCUCACAGUGCAGCGAGUGAGACACCAAUCAAGUGCUGAUAAGGGGUUUAAGGUUCAAGCUGUACUCAACCAACCCAUAGGCCGUCAAAUAUUAGGACAUACUACAAUACUGAACAUCUUGCUUUUUAAGUUUUUGGUUUUGUGUUGAAUUUUGAGAAGGGUGUAGUUUAACUUGCAUUUUGCUGCAAAAAGGAAAUAGGUCUGUGAAAUAAGAAUGGAAGGGGGUUUUUUUUGCCACAUGUCAUCAUAUCACCCCGGGUUCUUUUGGAUAAUAGUGUAAUAGUGCUAAGCUUGAAGUAUAUUGAGAUUUUAAAUGGAAUUUUGAUUUGUCCUCUCCAACUCCAGCCCACUUUUUUCAGGCCAGGGAAGAGGAGAAGUAGCAUCUCUAGUAUGGUUUUUAUAUAAUCCAGAAUUCAUUUAGAUUGGAAAAUACCUGUAAUCAAGUGUGGUUUGUCUAUGAGAACUUGGGAAGUAGUAUCAUAACAUCUGUUCAAUUUGUGCAGAGUGCUAUGCAAGUCAAAUUUUCUUCUCCAAAUACAUCUUCCUGAAAACUCAAUGUGAAGAAAACUAUUUCUUUGCUACAUCUGUCUUUUGCACACCCUCUUCUGUGCAUCUCUGUCUCCUGCAGCUCUCCCCAGUUAAUUUUUGAACAUCCCUUUUUCCAGACCUGCAUAUCCUUCCAUUAGCCUCACUUUGACAGCAUGCUACAAUCCUACUAAGAACCUUCAUUUCAGUGGAUAAUUCAUAAUUGCAAAUGGUAAAUUGCAGGAUGCUGUGUUUGGUGUAGAGUUCACAGUGUGCACAGCAAAUAGGCCCACACUUCACCUCAGCCAUUCCUGAAAUCCAGGUGCACACCUGGAGUGAGCCACGUGCUUCUAAAACACUACCCAAAGCAAGAAAUGUCUGCUUGCCCCUCUCUUAAAGGACAGCAGUUUUUGUAGCUAAUUUCUCUCUCUUGUCUAUACCUGUGGGAGACUUUGCUGCCCUGGCACGAGGCAGGUGUUGUGGCUGGAGGUAACCCCUUGUCUGCCAGGUGUAGCUGCUGCUGUUGGCAGCAAGUCCAGCAAAGCUGUCCAGAAGAAUUCCCUGAUUUGACUUGUUUUAUUCUUUCCUUUUGAUGCCAAAGAAUAUUUUUACUGGAGACCAGAAUUCAUCAUACAGGUUGAACAGAAGAAAGCUGGUUUGAAACUGAAGCUGGAACCAAAUUAAUGUUGUUUGAUUUAAUCAGAUCCAGGGGCUCCCUGAUGUGCAAGAGAGAGGCAAGGGAGGUGAAACUCUUAACAGGUGGAUCUAUUGCACCUUCCAUGCUGCUGGUAGUUGUGUGCAGUGUUUAAGUCUGGUGUACCUUGUAAGUUUGCUUGUAAUGGGGACUUGCUCUGGAUUACCUACUGCAGCUAGGAGUGGGGAUUCCCAAUCCUUCACACCUCAGGUUAAGAGCAGUUUUUGGGGGGAAGCCCCACUGGGAGAUGGGUGUGGGGAGAAAACGGGGGGAAACCUGGCACGUAUGAUUUUGGACAAAGGUAAAAGUCUGGGACUGUAUAAAUGACACCUUGUUUUGUUGUUUUCCUUUUGCAGAUGACUUGUUUAAGGUUCACAAACUUAAGCCAAAUCUGAAGUGGCGGCAGGCUUUUGACAACUACUUAAAAACAAUG